AUGAAUCGUUCCAUUGUUACCCUUCUCUGUUACUUCCUUCUACUAGCCUCCUCAGCCUCAGCUUUUAAUAUCACAAAAAUUCUAAGCCAAUUUUCUGAUUAUAGCACUUUUAAUGACCUUCUUUCUAAAUCUGGCUUAGCCACUGAAAUUAACAAAAGGACCACAAUUACAAUUUUGGCCGUUCCAAAUGGUGCAAUUGGUGAUCUUACCUCAAAAUCAGAUGAUGUUCUCAAUAGUGUUUUAUCAACCUAUGUUGUAUUAGAUUACUACGACAUCCCGAAACUCAAAAGCUUAAAGGACAAAACUGCAAAAAUGACAACAAUGUACCAACAAUCUGGUAAAGCAAGAUUUGACCAAGGUUUCUUGAAUAUGACAGCUAAAGAUGGUAGUUUUGUAUUUGGAUCAGCUGUCAAAGACGCUCAACGCGAUUCAAGGCUCGAAAAAUCUGUUAUGAAUCAGCCUUAUAACAUCUCAGUUCUUGGAAUUUCUCAGCCAUUUGUUACACCUGGACUUGAUGGAACACUUGCACCAGUUUCAACACCACCACCUAAGGCUAAUAAUGCAACAUCUUCACCUAAGAGUUCACCACCUGCUUCUGAUGAUGAAGCAGAGUCCCCUGCUGAAGAAGCAGAGUCCCCUGUUUCUGAAGAAACAGAGGCCCUUGCUCCUUCUAAGGAUGCCGAUACUUCGGCUAGUUCGCCCUCGGCUGAUUCGCCACCGGCUGACGCUCAGGCGCCACCACCGGCAGGAUCAUCUGCUGGGAAAUUGAAGGUUUCCUUUGGUUCGUUUGUUGUUUUGGCAUCAAUGGUUGCAGCUUUUUAA